GCGCAUUUUCUUCGACGCAUGAACCGUUUAACGUCCCACUUUCGGAAUCAAUUAACUGAAAUCUCGACACCCCACAUUCACAAUGCCUUCCGAAGGUUACUCAAUUCGCCAUGCGACACGUGAGGACGUUCCCACCAUCUUGGGCCUGAUCCACGAGCUCGCCGCCUACGAGAACGCGACCGACUCUGUGAAGGCUACAGAAGAGCGGCUAGAGAAUACCCUCUCUUUCGCCGACAGCGCCUCGUCUCCGAACCCUUCCUUCACCCCCGGCUAUGCGAAAACGCUCCUAUUGACGGCGCCGGAAGGCGAGAUCGCCGGUAUGGCUCUCUACUUCUACAAUUACAGCACAUGGACUGGUGCACCGGGCAUCUACCUCGAGGACCUCUUCGUCAAGCCCGAAUACCGGAAGAGGGGAUACGGAAAGGGGUUAAUCAGGGAGCUGGCAAGAGAGACGGUCAAGGUUGGAGGUCGACGGUUAGAGUGGAGCUGUCUGGAUUGGAAUACCCCGAGUUUGGAGUUUUAUAAGAGCCUGGGCGCAGAGCAGAAGAAUGAGUGGGUGGGAUUGAGGGUGGACGGGGAUGCAUUGACGAAGUUGGCUGAGAGUUAAGAAGUCCGGAUGCGAAGUUUGAGGAAUGAAACAUGGAAAAUCAUGGCUGGUAUGGCACAUGAAAUUCCUCUUUGCUUGCCACUGCUUUUGAGCGCACUUGAACGUUUAUGAAUAGAAUCCGCGGUGGCCGCGGUCUAUACUCGUUAGGGCUACUGAUUGGUCAUAACGCGAUAUCUGCGCUGGUGAUGAUCAUCAUCAUCAUACUUAUCAACUUCUCAGAGAUAACGCCCUCACAUAUCCAUGUCCCUAUGUGUUUCGAGCAUCUCUACCUCUGAUUACUU